AUGGAUUCCAGCCCUCUGGAUUACGUGGCUCAGGCCUGUCUCGAUUUAACUGAGGCUUUGGCGUCCACUUCAAAUGCAACUGAUCGCGAGACUCUUAUAACAAAUCAUAUCAAAAAAGUUUGGGCCAUUGUUCCACCCAUAGAGGACUUUAAAAAAAAUUUGGUAUGGGUAAAUGUAACAGAACCUCUAUCUCUGAGUCAACAUUGUUCAGACAAGGUAGUUGUUCUAGAUUUUUGGACAUAUUGCUGUAUCAACUGCUAUCAUGUUCUCCCGGAUCUGGAUUAUAUAGAAAAUCUGUAUAAAAAUGACAGUGGCCUGGUUGUGAUAGGUGUUCACUGUGCUAAGUUUACAAAUGAAAAGUCUUCCACUAAUGUGUUAGCCGCCGUUCAUAGAUAUAAUAUCCAUCAUCCAGUUGUUAAUGAUGCGGAGAGUGUUAUGUGGGAGACCCUGGGAAUAAGAUGCUGGCCUACACUUCUUAUACUAGGUCCUGGCAACAAACCAAUAUUCAUUUUAACAGGAGAGGGCCACAGAGCGGAAUUAUGUUGCUAUCUGGGAUCGGCAUUACAGCAUUUUGCUACAAAAUUAUCUAAUACUCCAUUGCCGAUAUCACUUCAUUCUUCUGUAAAAUCUAAGGACAAUGAUAUACUUUACUUUCCUAGUAAGAUAGCUCUAAAUCCAUUCUAUCGUGGGCGUGGUGAGGAGCCUUUCUUAGCAAUAUCUGACACGGGUCAUCACCGUAUACUGCUUACUGACUGUUCGGGCAUCAUAUUGAGAGUUGUUGGAGGGAAGACACCUGGAUUUAAAGAUGGAAAGUUAACAGAAGCUCAGUUCAAUUCACCUCAGGGUCUGUGUUGGUUGUCAAGUUCAGUGUUAGUUGUUUGUGAUACAAAUAACCAUGCAUUGAGAGCCGUACAUCUCGAUGAAGGAACUGUUGAAGUGUUGGCUGGGACAGGCGAGCAGGCUGCGGUCGGAGAUUUUGGUGGGAAGUGUCUUGGACUUCAAGCGUUGUCUUCACCGUGGGAUGUUAUAUUAUACACGACCCCUGACAUGGACAUGUCUGUUCGUCCGAGCCUGCCACCUCCCCCUCCCCCGCCGCCAGGAAUCACGGUGGUUGAGAAGGAAAUAGAAACUAAAGAUGAUACCAAAGAAAAGGACAAGAAAGACGAGAAACGCCGCGUGCUAUUGAUAGCUUGUGCGGGAUCACACCAGAUCUGGGCACUGUUCCUCGAUAAUACUAUUUGGUGGAAAUACAAGUCUUACUCAGAAGGUACGUGUGUGUGCGUGGCGGGGUCGGGCGCGGAGGCCGCCCGCAACAGUGCGUACGCGGCCAGCGCCGCGUUCGCACAACCAUCGGCUCUCGCGCUUCGAUCCGGUAAAUACGGAUCCAGCCCAGAGGUUUUCAUAGCUGACUCCGAGAGCUCGUCCAUAAGAAGACUCGCGCUGUCCACUGGACAAGUUAGUACGCUAUGUGGAGGUGACAGGAACCCAUUGAAUCUCUUCGCCUUUGGAGACGUCGAUGAUGUAGGGGUUGAAGCGAAAUUGCAACAUCCAAUGGCAGUGGCUUACAAUGAGGCCAAUAAAACAUUAUAUGUAGCGGAUACAUAUAAUCAUAAAAUAAAGAAAGUUGAUGUUGGACCACAGAAAGUGUCGACGAUCAAUCCAACGAUGAUCGAAUCCACUGAUCCGGCAAAGUUCAAUGAACCCUCGGGCCUGUCCAUCAGUUCGGACGGAAAAUACCUCUACAUAGCCGACACAAACAACCACAGCAUAAAAAUACUGAACGUACCCAAAAACGUGUGUCAGGAGUUCAAAGUACGUCUACCGGAUCCUAAAUUCACGGAACCUGAGAAUUUAAUACUGUAUAAGAACGAUUUAUUCGUGAACAGAAAGUGCGGACAUCUCAUUAUAUACUUCAACGUCAAUUUGGACGCUGAGACCAAGAACGUUAAAUUCACACCCGGCGCUCCGCAGAACUGGCACGUGUGUGUGAGAGACGAUAAUAAUAAGGACGUUACGUUAGACGACUUCGAGUUCGUUGGAUGUAGCCACAAAGGGAACAAACUACCGGGGAAAGUAGAAAUGAAGCUUAAAACAAGGACAGAUAAGACACAUUAUCGCAUGUACCUGAGCUUCCAGACCGCUCUCUGCGAUGCGUCCGUGUGUUUCGCUCAUCCCUUCACGAUACGAUCUACUAUAUUAGUCAGGGAUUCAGUUAAAAUGGUCGAGUCUUAUAAGAUAACUUGCAAAGUGAACCCCGUCAAUAGGGUCGAACAGAGGCCUGACCUGGCUAAAGCAUGA